AUGAGGGCCAAACGUUCAAAGAAGUAUCGCAAGCUUAUGCACCAGUAUGAGCUCACUUUCGGUUUCCGAGAGGCCUACCAGGUCCUGGUUGACUCGAAUUUCCUUCGCGCGACCGACUCUUUCAAGAUGGAGCUAAUUCCUGCACUUGAACGAACAGUUCAAGGAAAGGUCAAGCCUCUAUUGACAAAGUGCUCGCUCGCCGCUAUCAUGGCCGCACAACCCAUCAACCCCAAAACCGAAAAGCCAUACCGACCUCUCUUCCUUCCCCCGCCUACAGAACUCCCGCUCCGCCACUGCUCUCACAAUGCGGACUCCACGCCCAUCGACGAAGUCGAGUGCCUCCUCUCACUGCUUUCACCCAAUGCGGAAUCAAAGAAGAACAAGGAGCAUUACAUUCUCGCGUGCGCGGAUCCAAUUCUGAGAAAGACUAGCAACAACGACAACCAACCCCGCAGACGGAAGACAGAGGAAGACCGUAAAGAAGAGGAAGCUAUGCGCCGUUCUCGUGCAUUGCGCUCCGGUGCCCGCUCUAUUCCCGGUGUGCCUAUUAUCUACGUCAAGCGCUCGGUCAUGGUCCUCGAGCCUAUGAGCACCCCGUCCGAGAUGGUGCGGGAUGGUCAUGAGCGUGGGAAGUUCCGCGCUGGUUUGGAUGUGGAUCCUAUGCUGGGCAAGCGCAAGAGGGAUGGCGAGGAUGGCGAGAGUGCUGAUGAGGAAGAACCCAAGAAGAAGCGUGGUCCUAAGGUCAAGGCGCCCAAUCCUCUCAGCGUGAAGAAACCUAAGAAGAAGGUUGAUACGCCUGCACCGAAGAAGAAUAAGGCCCCGAAGGAGGCUGUCACAGAUGCUACUGAGAAGCAUGAUGGCGAAGAGUCUACCGCUCCUAAGCCCAAGAGGAAACGUCGUCAUGCUAAAGGUCCUCGUGAAGAGUUCGAGGGAGCCGCUGAGUCUAAUGAGGCUAUGGAGGUUGACGCUUGA